AUGGAGAACAUUGUUCAAAACGAAAUCAAUGCCUGGUCAGAAGUCGCUUCCCAGCAACCUUCAGAAGCACGUCCUACAAAUACGACUGACAGCAUUAUUCCCUCGAGAUCAGAAUCAACGAUAAUCACACAAUCUCCCAACAUUUUUUCUCUUUCCGCAUCUCUAAUACCAACGAAAUCAAACCACCCUCAAGCUUCGUCAACGGUCGUUUUGCAUCCCUCGGCCAAUACUUCCAUCCAUAGACUCCCACGUGAACCAGCGUUUUCUCACCCUCUCGAUCACGCCUUGGACGACCUCCCGUCCCUAACGACACACAAGUACUCUCAGUAUUUUUCCAAUAAUUCAGAUUCAUGGGGGAAGGCGUCGUUUAAAAGUUUGGGUAUUAUGGAAGAGAUUAAAGGCAGGAUAGGAGGCAAAGGAGGGAACGGAUCGUUAACGAGGAGAAGAAGCCUGUCAAACAUUCGUGGUUGGAUUACCGGAAAGGAUGGCGGAGUUAUGGGAAGAGAUACCAGAGAUAGUGUAUCCUGUGGUCAAGAAGAGAAUAACGAUGAAGAGGCGAAAGAGGAGAAUACAGAGGCGGUUCUUGUCCAUGUUGUCAAACCAAAUGAUACUUUGGCUGGGGUUGCUUUAUUCUACGGUGUAGAGCUCCAAACUCUAAAACGGGCCAACAAACUCUGGACCUCUGACUCGAUCCACACCCGAAAGCAUCUCUACAUCCCGCUCGACUCUUGUUCGGCACUUUCCACUUCAUCAGUCAUAUACAAUGACGACUCAUCGAUUACAAUCCUGAAACCCCGACUGUCUGUCUCUGAUUUAUCCCGUCCAUCGACGUCGUCCGUUUCAUCUUCGCCUUCAACGCCGCGUUUGGGUUCAGAAGCGGGCGGUGAAGGAGAAUUGAGUGAGUGGUCAUCGUGGAGAAAACAUGAAAGAGAGGUUUCGGCAUCGGCUUCUACAUGGAUUGAUUAUGGGAGAGAAGUAUCAUAUGCCAACGAGAAUGUAAUGCGUGAUGACAGUAAGAUGGAUGGCGGAAAUACUCCGCUAAUGACAAGAGCCGAAAUUCAAAUCCUUCCCGUUGCCCAGUUAUCAUAUUUUCCACCUCAUCAUCGGACAUUGAUUGCUGUUUCAUCUCAAUCAUUCUCUGAAAAUUCUUCUAUGCCUGCACGUCAGGCAAUUGUUUCACCUUCCACAUUUCUAGAUUCGCAAUCGACCUUUCUUGGGGCCGACUUGGCCAGCUCGUCUCAGCCCCUGCAAACACCUUCGCCUCUUCCAGUAGCUCAGAUAUACAAAUAUUCUCCCACGAUAUCUUAUCCUCUUCCUGCGGCUACAGCACCAAGCCAUUCAUAUGGAUUCGAUAAAGUUCUCGAUCAGCUUGAUCUCAUGGACGAGAGAUAUUUCAAGAGACGAUUUGGUUCAAUAAAGAACGUUUUUGGGAAAACAAGACAAAACGUACAUUUUGAUAGUGGAGCUACAGAAUUAGUGGGCGCUAGGGAGAGAAUCUAG